GUUUGUCAAUUGUGACCGUAAAUGGACUGCCUUGCCCCACUCCACACCCUCGGGGGUUCAAGGCAAUGCCGAGCAACGACUAUUCGGUCCCAUCGCACUUCAUCAAGUCAGACGGCUUCUCCAUGGAUAACCCGAACCAGAGUCCCAGAAACGAAUACCAGCCUAUCUCAGAAGAGCGACGGCGCUUUCUCGAGGAAAAGUACAAGCGCAGGAACCUCGCCCCGGAAUCGCUCGCCAUUCGCCCUGAACUUCGCAAACUGCACAUCGCCACUAUCAUCUUCGCCUUUGGUAAAACAGCGCUUAACAUUAUGGAUACUUGCGCUUCUUUGGAAGAUUUAAGACCAAAGGGGUUUAGUUGUCCUGAAGUGAAUUGAGAUAAUAACACCUAUAGCGUAUCGUUCAAUGGGCUACUUCAAACAAUUUAGGACUGGGUGGAUAUUUUGCACUCUAUGCAGACUUUGGGGAAAAAGAGACAGUCUUUUCGCCGGUACGUUAACCUAUUUCAGGCAUGGAGCUUGGGGCCAGUCGAUGGAGGAUAAAGGUCCCAAACACAACUAGCUCGAUUGCUCUGACACUGGUGUUAUCUCUUU